GUUCGAUCUCAAUUUGCAUCUCUAAUUAGGUUAGGCCAGAGCCGUGGAGUUCCGAUGAAGAAAUUAAACCUUCUAAAUUAAGAACUCCAAACUUACACCCAAUUCCACUGGUUCGAAGUUUCAAUUUUACUCCAGCCUCUUCGAAUCCUAUCAACCCAUUUCACGUAGGGAUCUACCAAUCAAACUCACUAAUGUAAUCAACUGAACUUUCUCUUACGCAACUUCUUUAAAUUGAUUUGCGUUGCAGCUAGCUGAAACCCAUAUUUGUGGGAACACUAAUAAGAAUCAAGAAGCUAGCCAUCUCAUCUUUUGAGUUGGCUUUGUGUUUAGAAAUGAAACAGUGGAAUUGCAUCUAAUUGGGAAGGGUAGAAUGUUAGCUCGAUUCUACUACUACCUUUGUAAUCAAUUUUAGUCCUUUUUUUGUUUUUGUUUUUGUUUUUGUUUUUGUUUUGUAAUUAAUUGCAUGGAGUAAUUUAUUUUAGUCAUUCCCUGAUUGUACUUGUUCUUAAUUUGACAAGCACUACUCUAAAUUAGGUACAUUUCCUGAAUGGUGAUGUUCUUAUGUGAACUACUACUUAUCCCCGUUGAGUAGAUGACAUCUUUGCUUCAUUUGUUUGUUAUUGUGGAGUCUUCAAAAUUUAUCAUUAGACAGCCGUAGUGCAGUCCCAGAUGUCCCUGCGAUUUGUUGGGUGUCGUUGCAGUUGGGAUUUGGUUAUUAAUUGAGACAUAGACUGGCCUAUGCUAAGUGAUUGCAACAUUUUGUAAACAGUUACUCAGGCACAAGUUACUUAAAGAACAAUAAAAGAGGAAGGAAAUAGUGCAGACGGAGGUUUAUCUUCCAUUUGGAGAAGACUGCUUUUGUGAUUGAGCAUGAUCUUAGAAUGGCUACUUGUCUUGCUGACGGAGUAAUUGUGUACGAGGGGCAACCAUCUAUUGACUGUACUUCCAAUGCUACUCAAUCUUUGUUGACAGGGAUGAACCUUUUCCUAUCUAAAAUCCGGUGCAACAUGACCGGACGAAGCACGUGGAAAUUGAUGGGAACCUCAUCUGUGAAGAAUUCAAAGAAAACAUUAUUGAAGUACGAUAUGUUCGUACACAACAAUUGCCAGGAAACAUGGUGGUUGGAGCAGUUAAUGUAUGUGAAUUCCAAGAGUUAGCGAAAAAAGUUCUUCCAAAGAUGCAUUAUGAUUUCUUUACUGGAGGCGCAGAGGACGAACACACAUUGAGAGAAAAUGUGGAAGCAUUUCGCAGAAUCACGCUUCGACCAAGAGUUCUUAUUGACGUGAGUAGAAUAAAUCUAUCAACGAACAUAUUGGGUUACAAUAUGUCAUCGCCAAUUAUGGUUGCUGCAAUUGCAUUUCAAAACUUAGCUCAUUCUGAAGGAGAAGUUGCAACAGCCAAAGCCGCAGCUGCAGCUAAUACGAUCAUGGUAUUAUCCACUACCUCGACUUGCACGAUAGAGGAGGUUGCUUCAAGCUGCAAUGGUAUUCGGUUCUUCCAGUUAUACAGAGCUGAAAGAAGUGGAUACAAGGCUAUUGUAUUAACGGUAGAAACUCCAAAACUUGGUCGAAGAUGGGCAGACAUAAAGAAUAAGAUGGUUGCACCUGAAUUGAAGAACUUCGAUGGUCUUUUGUCAACUGAAGUGGUUGAUGAGAACGGGUCAAAACUUGAAGCUCUAGCCUCUCAAGUACUUGAUUCUUCUUUAAAUUGGAAGGACAUAGGAUGGUUGAAAUCUAUAACAAAAUUACCAAUUAUUCUCAAGGGGGUGCUCACCUCUGAAGACGCUAUAAAAGCUGUAGAAGCAGGGGUAGCUGGGAUUAUUGUAUCAAACAAUGGAGCUCGUCAACUUGAUUUUGUUCCAGCCACAAUUUCUGUUCUCGAAGAGGUUGUGCAAGCUGUUGGAGGAAGGAUUCCCAUUCUGUUUGAUGGGGGAAUUCGACGUGGAACUGAUGUUUUCAAAGCUUUAGCCAUCGGAGCUCAAGCUGUUCUUGUUGGCAGGCCAGUGAUCUACGGAUUAGCAGCAAAGGGACAAAAUGGGGUAACACGUGUCAUUGAGAUGCUGCAGGAUGAACUUGAACUAACCAUGACCCUAUGUGGAUGCUGUUCUGUGAAGGAUAUAACGAGGAAUUAUGUAGGUACAGAACGUGAUAGAUUGCGAUCGCUGCUCUAAAUACCAUGGAAACAACUCCAUCAUAUGUUAAAGCAAUACACCAGCUCCUUCAAUUAAGAGCGAUGAAUUUUUCUAUUUAUCGUUUGUUUGUGUGGGUCUAUUUCCUUGUAGAAAUAAAGAAUUUAUAAUGGAUUUUUCUAUUUAUCGUUUGUUUGUGUGGGUCUAUUUCCCUGUAGAAAUAAAGAAUUUAUAAUGGUUUUCUUGGACAUUAUCUGAAAAGGCCGGCUUAUCUA